AUGUACAACAAGUGCAUUCGACUGAAAAUCAUAAUGCAGUAUUUCUGUGGACUCUGUGCAGACUCUGAGGAGCGCUUGAUGAACUGGCUGCUGGGUAAAGAGCGCUAUAAUAAACUGAUCCGGCCGGCGCUGAACCGGACCGAGAGAGUGACGGUUCUCCUGCAGGUUUCUCUGGCGCAGCUCAUCAGUGUGAAUGAGAGAGAGCAGAUCAUGACGACGAACGUCUGGCUCACUCAGAACUGGAAUGAUUAUCGGCUGUCGUGGGACCCGGCGGAGUACGAGGGAAUCGACAAGCUCCGGAUCCCCUCCAGACACAUCUGGCUGCCUGAUAUAGUGCUGUACAACAAUGCGGAUGGGACGUAUGAGGUGACGGUCUUCACCAACGCCAUCGUCCUGUUCAACGGCAGCAUCGCCUGGCUCCCUCCCGCUAUUUACAAGAGCGCCUGCAAGAUCGAGGUCAAGCACUUCCCCUUCGACCUGCAGAACUGCACGCUCAAGUUCCGCUCCUGGACCUACGAUCACACCGAGAUCGACCUGCUGCUGAAGUCCGAGGUGGCCAGCAUGGACGACUUCACCCCCAGCGGCGAGUGGGACAUCCUGGCUCUGCCGGGCCGGAGGACGGUCAGCGCUCUGGACCCCACCUACGUGGAUCUGACCUACGACUUCAUCAUCAAGCGCAAGCCGCUCUUCUACACCAUCAACCUGAUCAUCCCCUGCGUGCUCAUCACCUCGCUGGCCAUCCUGGUCUUCUACCUGCCUUCGGACUGCGGCGAGAAGAUGACGCUGUGCAUCUCCGUCCUCCUGGCGCUGACUGUCUUCCUGCUGCUGAUCUCCAAGAUCGUGCCACCCACGUCGCUGGACGUUCCCUUGAUAGGGAAGUACCUGAUGUUCACUAUGGUGCUGGUGACCUUCUCCAUCAUCACCAGUGUGUGUGUGCUGAACGUGCACCAUCGCUCUCCGAGCACACACAACAUGCCGGACUGGGUCAAGCUGGUGUUCCUGGUCAGACUUCCAGCGCUGCUGUUCAUGCAGAGACCACGGGGAAACUCGGCCCGUCAGCGUCUGCGGCAGAAGCGCCGUCUGCGGGACCCCGGAUCAUCUCUGCUGGGCCUCGGUGCUCCUCACAGAUCCGGCAUGUCUUCAUCCGCCUCUGCGCUGCUGGCCUCAGCUUCGGCUCUCUCGUCCCCGGGACACUUUAACAACAGAGGACCUCAGAUUCAGUCCGGCUCCCGCAAACACAACUCCACACAGGACCUGAGAGAGAGCAGGGCGGCUCCAGACUGGGGAUCUGAGAUCCAGGAGGCUGUGGACGGCGUUUGCUACGUAGCUGAUCACAUGAUGGGAAACGACGACGAUCAAAGUGUCAUCGAGGACUGGAAGUAUGUGGCCAUGGUGGUGGACCGCCUGUUUCUGUGGAUCUUUGUGAUCGUGUGUGUGGUGGGAACGCUGGGUCUGUUCCUCCAGCCGCUCUUCCAGAGCCAGACCGCCGGCAUCCAGCAGCCCAGCGCAGAGCCAUCCAGACGGGACGGGAUGUGAGGCCCGACCGGGUCGCCUGGAGCCGGAGAUCUGAAUGAACUGCUGCUUUAUAUAAUCUAACUCGAACACAUGAAGCUCUGAUUGAUGAUCUGAGCAUGAAACACGAAUAGUGUCACAGUCAUUGUGCCAUUAUUGUAUCAUAAUGUCACUGUAGAGCAUUUUCCUCACAUCAGCAAUCAUUUGACCCACAAAGUGCUUGAAGCUCAAGCGGAACCAAAUGGAACUGCAGAGUGUAUGAUUGUUUUCAAACAGGAUUCACUCCCCUUGUCUGCCAUUGGUCUGAAACAACAGUUAACCCCACCCACCAACUCUUGUUAUUGGUUGAGCCAUUGUCAGUCUCUUUUUUUUCCACUUUUCAGGGAAAUAAACCUAUAAAUGGCUUAUUUAGUCUCUGCACAUUAAA